GAAAUGCAUGGUUGUAGAUGUGUCCCAACAGGUAUCUUCCAAUUGUUCUUGAAGCGGUAUUUCAAUGUACCGUUAAAGAUGUUUACCUAGUGUAGCUUCACAUGCUGACAGAGUUGAAUAUUUUGUUGUCUUUAGGUUUUAAAGUGCUAAAUUGCUGAGGACCCCUGUUCUGCACCAUCAAUUUUCAUAUAAAAAAACACAUAAUAGUAUUGGUUUCAAAAGGAUUUGCCAUGAGAAUGAGGUUUAAUGAUACACCGUUAAUAAUCUGGACACACCUAAACUUUGCCAGGUGGCCAAAUCCGUCUUUCACCCUAGCUAAUGCUUAACAUAUCCAGCAGGAUGCCUUUCUGCUCCUGACCUGCUUCAGUAUCAGUGACGCAAAUAGGAAGGCCUUGCAUGAGGCUGGUUCCAUCAGCUGCUGGUGCAAUGACUGCUACUUGUCAUGUUGGAGGGAUCAAACAUUACCACACAAAAUGUAUUCACUUGAGGAAAACAACGAUAGUAAGACAACAAGCCAAGGUUUUGGCCGAGAAAGAUUACACCAACAAUGCAAACCAGUAAACACUGCAGCACACCUUAACUACAAUAAUGAGAUUCAGCACAAAAGAUGUGGCAUGUCAAAGCUGUACAGAGUUGACAUUUAAAUUAUAGUUUACUGCACUGCAAUACAAUAGAGCUAUUGACGUAAAAUGAGAUAGAAUACCAUUAAAACAGCUCUAAGUAGGAUGCAGUGCAAAUCUUCACCACUGCAACACAUACAUAUUUAAGUCCCAAACAAGAUUGGUCUCACUGGCUCAGUCGCUCGAGCAGCUAAUGAAGUGAACAGACAAAUGCAUCUACUAUCGUCGUUCUAGAACUCAAAGUUGGUACUAAUAUGAUUUACUUGAUGGUUAGGUCUCUCACACAUUGUGAAUUACAACCAGGGGGUAAUAACAAAUGAAACCCAAGGGCCUAUUUAGCAGCUAGUAAGAUGACGUUGAGCACCUCCCAUCUGGGUUCCACCAUGCCUGCUUUGUGAUGAUCAAAACUAGCACAAUGCAUACUUCUUCAUUGUACUGCAAAAGGACGCGUAGCCGUGGCACGCGUAUUGCUUGGUACAAAUUGAUUUGGCAGCGAAAUUGGGUUGUAUUUGCGAGGUAAUGCGGCCUUUUGGGCUUCAAUCACAGCUCACCAAACUGCUGGCUUCGGAGUGAAUGCGUGUUGGCGUGUUAUCUGGGCUAGGACAGGCCUACUGCUUCCCAACCAUGUCGUGUUAUGUAAAUAAGGGCACUCGUUAUCAAAAUGGCAACUGCGACAGUUAAUUCCGCGCUGUAGGUAAAUAAUAUGACGACGGUUCGACUUUACCACGGCCAGGCCUGGCGAACGAAGUCUGCGCUUGCACAAUCAAGCCCAUGCUUGGCAUCAACAACGCCAUGCUAAAGACGUGCUCGUCAAAACACUCCAAACGUCGUAAAGUCAAAUGUCAACAAGGCUGAAAGGAAGGACAGAACACACGGAGGGCCCUAGAGACACACCGAGAUUCAGAGAAGAGACUUUCAGCACCAUGACUGCUUCAUCUAUGGCUCACACGACUGGAAAGCACCCCAGUGCAAAAGAGGAGAGGAAGAUGCGGAAGCCUCUGAUUGAGAGAAAACGACGCGAGAGGAUAAACAAUUGUUUGGAUCAGUUGAAAGAGACUGUGAUCAGUGCCUUCAGACUUGAUCAAUCCAAACUAGAAAAAGCCGACAUACUCGAGAUGACAGUGAAACAUCUGCAAAAUAUCCGGACAAAUAUACUUAAUGACCCUCUGGAUUCCCAGAAGAAAUACAGUAAAGGAUACAUCCAAUGCAUGCAUGAAGUCCACAACAUGCUCCUCACUUGUGACUGGAUGGAUAAAACUCUUGGCUCUCGCCUGCUUAACCACCUCCUCAGGUCUCUACCGAAGUCCACUCAAGAGCACCCACUAGAGGCCACAGCCGGAAGUGGUGUCCCAAUUCCGGUUAGUCCGGGCCCCCGACCCCUAAACACGUCCAUCAGGAGAGGACAGAGGCAGCAAGCCACCUGCCAUGUGUCGGCACUCACUGGACCCCUGGAAAGCAGCUCCCACUUAGGGAUGCUGAAGAUGUGGCGGCCCUGGUGAGCCUCUGGAUUCCGUCAGCAUGGUGUGAGGCCAACGUCUGUUAUGUAUCUUAUAGAUAUGCUGCUCAGAAGACAAACUUGGGGCACUUUUGUUCCAGUCAUAAUUGUUCUAGCUGUGCCAUAAUGAUCCUAUAAAGAACUUUCCUCUGUACUUCCCUUCCGAAGUUGACCUCUUGUAGCCUACAUUAUAAAAGGCUCUUAUUAAUCUUUCAUGUAUUUAUUGCAUUAACAUACUAUUUAUUUGGUAUUAUAAAGUAUCACUUUCCUUCUUUCUCACACUUUCUUGCCGUUGGAUAGAUACUUAUUUGAUCCUUUUGCUGUAUUA